GUACGACGAGAGAUAAAUUGCAAUCGUCUAUACUUGCCGCAAUAAGUUCAGUAUCACUAGUACCCUUCGAACUGUCAUCGUAUUCUCAUUCUGACCCGCGUCUCCUUAGGCCAAGUACGACUUGGUACCAUUCCUUCCCGAAAAAUGGGCUUUUGGCGCGUGAUACUUAGUCGAAAACCUACGCGGGUUCUCAAGCAAGCACUGAGCGGCUUAAGAGAGCUGUCACAAGCAGUAGCGCAUCCGAACAUACUGUAUAGCGAUCGCGAGGAUGUGGAAGUACCCAGGAUACCUGUUCAUCAGUAUAUUUAUGCGAAAAUCGAGCCGUUCCACAAAUACACUUUCACAGAAUGUUCGGUGACAGGCAGAAAAUACACAUACGAAGAGGUACGAGUGAAAGCAAGGAACCUAAGCAAAUCUAUAGUAAAAAAAUUGAGGCUGCAAAAAGACGAUGUGGUUGCAAUUUUCCUUCCAAAUAUUCCUGAAUAUCCCAUUUGCUGCCUUGGAAUCAUGGAAGCGGGUUUGGCAGUCACAACAAUGAAUCCCAUCUACACUGCUGAGGAAAUCUCAAAACAAAUUUUGGACUCUAACGCUAAAGCAAUGAUAACAUUGAACCAGAAUAAUUUAACCAGUACUGCUGAAGCUGCUAUCAAAAUGGCCAAGAGAACUUUACCUAUUAUUGUAAUCAAGGACAAGGAGUGCGAUGACCUGUGUCGUUCAUGCAUCGACUUCGGGGAGCUAGUGGAUACAAACACAGACAUUCCAGACUUUGAUCAUGAAGGCUUGGACAGGAUGGCAUUUCUGCCAUACUCAAGUGGAACUACAGGUUUGCCAAAGGGCGUGGAGCUGACCCAUAACAAUUUGGUAUCAAAUCUGUGUCAAGGUGCACACCAGGAUUUCAACAAGUUCGUUUCGGCCAAUGGUAAUUUUCAAGAGGUAAUACCAGCAGUACUGCCUAUGUUCCACAUUUAUGGCUUCAUGGUGAACCUGCUAAAUGUAGCGACCUACGGAACUAAAGUGGUAACCAUACCGAGGUUUCAUCCAGAAUUGUACAUUUCUGUGUUGAAACAACAUGCUAUAACCGCAAUAUAUGCUGCCCCACCUUUAGUACUAUUUAUGAUCCAACACCCCGAUGUUCGACCUGAGUACAUGAAGAAUGUAAAGUUUAUAUUAUCAGCUGCAGCUCCAUUAGGUUCCUUGGAUGAACAGCACUUCCAGGAAAAAUUUGGAGUUACAAUAUCAAUUACGCAAGGUUACGGCCUAACGGAAACUUCCCCAUUAGUUACGUUAUUCCCCAAGAAGUAUGCCGAAGAAACUUCCCAGCCUGUUACAGGAUCCAUCGGGAAACUGCUGCCGAACACUCGGGCCAAAGUUAUAAGCCUAGACGAUCCCACAGGACCGCCUCUAGGGCCCAAUGAGCAGGGAGAACUGCUACUGAAAGGACCACAGAUAAUGAAAGGGUACCACAACAAACCAAAGGAAACUCAAGAGACCAUGUUGGAUGGUUGGCUUAGAACUGGCGACAUAGUUCGGUACAAUGAGGAUGGAUUUUUAUUCGUAACAGAUAGACUCAAGGAACUUAUUAAGGUGAAAGGAUUCCAAGUAGCCCCCGCAGAGCUAGAAGAGCUAAUAAGAGCCUUUCCGGCAGUGGAAGAAGCAGCUGUCAUCGGAAUCCCGCAUCCCAACCACGGCGAAGUACCAAGGGCGUACGUAGUACCAAAGAAAGACACCUCCUUGGUACCGGAAGAGCUAGAUAAGUUUGUAGCUAGCAAGGUGGCCAACUACAAAAGGCUGUCGGGAGGCAUUGAGGUGGUCGACGCUAUUCCAAAAACGCCUAGUGGAAAGAUUUUGAGGAGACAGUUGAAGGUUAUGCACCAGCAGCAGGGUCGGUGACAAGGGGAUGUAAUUCGGCAACCCCUCAGACCGCCAUUUUGAAAUUUGUAGUGCUGAAUUUUGUACCAAAAAAAAACUUACACGCCUCAGCUUUUAUCUUAUUUGUUACUUUUUCGAAUUUUAAUUUUUGCUCAUUCAGGGUGGUCAAAAACGCACAUUGUAGUUUUUCUCAAAAAUUUAUAUUUGUGCAAGUUUGGAUUCAAUUUUUCAUAAGUUUUUUUUGAUACUAGACCCAUAAGAGUUUUUACGGCUAUUUUUUCGGUUAUUAGCACGUCUUUUAUGGAACGGCUCAAUUCCCUAAAAUAUCGUAUCAUCCUUGGAAACAAAUAAAUUGUUGAUUAGUUACAAGCUGGCAAAAUUAGCUUUGUGAGCAUUAUUAUUAAAAACGUGUUUGAAAAUGAAUUUUUCUAAAGAAGAAAUGAAGCCCAAUGAAAUAGUUUCCUAGCAUCUCGCCUUAUAUCUUGGCCUAUAUCUUGGCCUUCUAGAUCACCAGAUAUGACACCGAUAGACUUCUUUCUAUGGGGCUACGUUAAGCAAGAGGUUUAUAGAUAUCCACCAUCUACCCCGGAAAAUAUAAAGGAAAGGAUUAAGGAUGAUUUUCUGAACAUAAAGGAACACAUGCUGAGGGAUGUGCAACGGUCAUUUAUCCAAAGACUACGGCUGUGUAUUCAACAUGGUGGAAAUAUUUUCGAGCAGUUUUUGUAGAUUAGGUCUUGGGUAGUGAUAGUUGUUUGUAUAUGUUGUUGUUAUAGUAGUCUUUCUCUAUUACGCUUGAAGCUGAAUACUGUUCUGAUUGUUAUUAGUUUUUACGUCAAAUCUGUACUCUUAGUGGCAAUAUGGAACUAUCCCACCGUUUAUCUCUUGUUUCCAUGAAUGAUGUGAUUUUUUUCCUUAAUUUUGAUGUUUUUCUUUUAGAAGUUUAAUAACUCAAAAUCUAGUGAGUUUAUCUGAAUCAAACCUUAUACCAAAAAAAAUCUCAUAAAAAAUUAAAUCCAAACUUGUACAAAUAUACAGGGUGAUGCAUUUGCAAUUUUUGAGAAAAAGUACAAUUCGCGUUUCGUAUGAGAAAAAAUGAAACUUCGAAAAAGUAACAAAUAAGAUAAAAGCUUAGGUGUGUAAGUUUUCUUUGAUACAAAAUUCAGCCCUGCAAAUUUCAAAAUGGCGGAUUAAGAGGUUACCGAAGUGGACGGUUUUUCUGGACAAAACACCUUAAAUCUCAGUAGCUAAUUACCAAAACCCCAUAGUAUGUUAUAUCAAUCUUCUUCUUUUGAAUGAGCUUAUCCAAAUAUGCAGUAAAAUUUGAGGCAUUCCAUUUAAAAAAUCACAACUUUGAUAUGUAGGUCAAAAUUGAGACACCCUGUAUAACUGCCAAUAUUUUAGACAUGUGCCCUCAAAUGUCAUGUAUAACAUGCCAAAAACAGAUUUUUCCAAAAUGUAUUUGUUUAUGAGUAAUAUUCCGUCCACACAUGGAUGGACCACCCUGUAUAUCUCAGUUGUGUACAACGAAGCCGAGUAUAUUAGAGGGAGCGAAGCCCAUGUGUUUACAUUGAAUUGUUUGUCUCCAAAAUUUAGUAGUUUUAGUGCAAACUUUUGUCUGAUUUGACUACUAUUGCAUACCAAACUGACAACGUUGUAUCAACAUGAUAAAACUUACCGUCAUUCGGCUUAUGUCACUCUUUGCAAAUUACGCAAGUCCUAGAGUCGUCCAGCACCACAAUUAUCUACACUUUUAAAAAAUAACUCUAAGAAUCCGAAUUUAAUGACAGAACUAUCAAAGAAUUAAUUUAUGACAAUACAACUUGUGCACUGACCGACUAGAGACUGAGACUUUGGAGACAAACAAAUCGUAGGCUUACUCCUUCCACUUGACUUACCUUGACUAGUAUUCGGCAGGGUUAUUACGUAAAAACACUAUAUAAUGUCAAAAAAACCGAUAAAAUGUCAACUUGUUGACUUAGUGGGCUGAGGUGGACGACAGCUAGAUCCAAGUUGGCGUCUUGUAGGAAAACCGUCAUAAUGUCGAGAAAAACAAAACGAUAUAAUGUCACUUUUCAAGUUACGUAAUACCCCUGCCGCACAUCUUCUAAGAGAUAAACACUACUUGGCUCUCUGCAACCAACAAUGCAUGCUUGAGCGUGUCGUGUCGUUGAGUCGUUCCUCCAUAGGUGGACGCUUUUGAUGACGCUCACAGCGAUCAUGUCGAGCAAGCGCAGAAUGAACUAGUUGCACACUAAAAAAUACCUAUUCUGUAAGAUGACAUUUUGUCCUUUUUUUUGACGUUUUUUAAGCUUUGUACGAAAUACCCCUGCCGAUCAGGAUUCCGAUAGUUUGGCAGUCGUACAUCAAUAUCUAAAAAUAUAUUGGAAAUCUCAAAAAUGUGUAUUAGGGAUGUUAAAAAAUAAACGAUUAAUCCAUUAAUAGAUUAUUUUUUCUUAUAAUCGAUUUUUCACACUCGAUUUUCUUAAUUAUAGUAAUCGACUUUUAAUAGACCGAUUCUAUAAAUUACCAAUUUUAAUCGAUUCUGUAAGCAGCGCCAUACGUACGACAGAUGCUAAAACUCGAAGUUCACAGUUCACUAACAUGAACAAAGCGAUAAAAGACGACGCCAUUUAUGUGUAAGUAUGUGAAAUAUUUUUAUAGCUUUUGGAAACCAUUGCCUCUCAGGAGUAUAAGCAGUAAUCCGUGGGUGAUAGUAAAAAUGUCUCUAAAUGGUAGAACACUCAAAAGAUUUUUUUUAGUUCAGAUGACAAUACAUUUAUGUAUCCCCGGUAUCAAUGGCGGAUACACUAUGAAAAACUGAUACACUAUGAAAAACUGAAACACUCUGAGAAAGAUGUCCGUCGCUACAAAAUAUUAUUUAUAAACCCCUUUGAAUAUUAGUAUCAAAUUGAUUGCAUGACUAGAAGAAUUCAAUGCACCAGAAAAAAAAAUUUCAAAAUGACCGCUGAAACCACAAGAUCGAGUAAUACUUAUUAGCCACUAAAACUGAACAUUUGCGGC